AUGGCCUGGGCGCUUGUGACUCCCGCGUCACGAGGGAUUGGGUUCGCAUUGACCCGUCACCUGCUUCGGACUUUGCCCGCGAGCGUGCCGGUCGUUGCGACGGCGCGUUCAGACGUGGCCGGCGUCAGGGAGAAGCUUCUUGCCUCAUCGCCGGGGCUGUCCGAGUCACGGUCGUCGCGCCUCGACGUGCAGGAGUGCGAUGUGCUUUUCGAGCCCUCGAUUUGCAGGCUGGCUCGGUACUGCCAGGAGCGGUACCACGACAAACGGCAACGCCAGGAAAAGAACGCUCAUCUACGCAUGGGGUUCGUGAUCCCUGGCAUGUUGAUACCCGAACGAGCGCCAGAUAAGAUCGAAUACGAGAGGGCGCUGCAGACGCUAAAACUCAACCUCCUCGCACCCAUGAUGCUGGUGAAACAUUUCGCCAGCUUCCUCCCGCGAAAGUCCACGCCGAUGGUGUCUGAAGAGGGAACAUUACCCAGGCCAGCCGUGCUGGCGCUGAUGAGCGCUAGAGUCGGAUCGAUCGGGGACAAUCGGUUAGGGGGAUGGUAUAGCUAUCGAGCUUCCAAGGCUGGAGUCAAUCAAGUGGUCAAGUCCACAGACAUAUUCCUGCAGAUGCAGAGCGGACACAAGGCCAUGUGUGUCGGGCUGCAUCCCGGAACGGUCAAAACGGACCUGAGCAGAGAAUUCUGGGACAGCACGCCCCCAGAGAGGCUGUUCAGUCCUGAGUUCAGUGCGCAGAGACUGAUCGACGUCGUCAAUGGGCUGGAGGAGAGUAGCCGGGGGAAAUGCUGGGAUUGGAAGGGCGAGGAGAUUCCCCCAUGA